GGGCCAUGUGGGCGGUGGGCGGGGCCCGGGAGAUCCCGGGACUCCGGGUGGACGCGCUAGCUAGCCCCACGCAGGAAGCCGUUGACAUGGUGGCCGCCGUGGUGUACCUGGUGGCGGCGGCUCUGCUGGUCGGCCUUAUCUUCUUCCUGACUCGCAGACAAGGCGGAGCGGCGGCAGCCAGCCAAGAGCCACUGCACAAUGGAGAAGAGACAGUAAUAGCAGGCCGAGUGGCCCAGCCCGAAGAGCAGAGGGCUGGGGCUAGACCCCGGCGCCGCAGGGACCUGGGCAGCCGCCUGCAGGCCCAGCGUCAAGCCCAGCGGGUGGCCAGGUUGGAGGUGGAUGAGAAUGAGGAUGAAGCUGUCAUCCCAGCCCACGAGGAAGAAGACAGUGAGAAGCCCGUGGAAACUCACCUGUCAGGGAAAAUUGGAGCCAAGAAACUACGGAAACUGGAGGAGAAACAAGCACGGAAAGCCCAGCGAGAGGCAGAGGAAGCUGAGCGUGAGGAGCGGAAACGCCUUGAGUCCCAGCGUGAGGCAGAGUGGAAGAAGGAGGAGGAGCGGCUUCGGCUAGAGGAGAAACAGAAGGAGGAGGAGGAGAGGAAAGCCCGGGAGGAGCAGGCCCAGCGGGAGCAUGAGGAGUACCUGAAACUGAAGGAGGCCUUCGUGGUGGAGGAGGAGGGCGUGAGCGAGACCAUGACUGAGGAACAGUCCCACAGCUUCCUGACAGAGUUCAUCAACUACAUCAAGCAGUCCAAGGUUGUGCUCUUGGAAGACCUGGCUUCCCAGGUGGGCCUGCGGACUCAGGACACCAUAAACCGCAUUCAGGACCUGCUGGCUGAGGGGACUCUGACAGGUGUGAUUGACGACCGGGGCAAGUUCAUCUACAUAACGCCAGAGGAACUGGCUGCUGUGGCUAACUUCAUCCGACAGCGGGGCCGGGUGUCCAUCACUGAGCUUGCUCAGGCCAGCAACUCCCUCAUCGCCUGGGGCCAGGAGCCCCCUACCCAAGCCCCAGCCUGACCUAGGCCUUCCCUCUUGGACUCAGAGCUGGCACGGCCUACCUGACCAUACAUCUUUAUCCCUCUCCACCAUCCUGGGGCAGUGAUGGAGUGUGGCUAGGCAGUUCUAAAUUAAAGGCAUGUGAGCACUGCUGA